AUGCCUUACGCCGACAUCACCAAGCCUCCCAAGCCUCUGCCUCAAAAUCAUCUAGAGGCUGUCGCGGAGGGCAUUUCUCUGCUUCUACCACUGUCACGGCGAGGAACUGGCCCCGGCCUCAUCCUUCUUGUGCCCUCCCUUGACAAAGCGCUCGCUAUCGAAGAAGGAGUACCCUCUUUGCCAGUAAAAUGGGCUGAAGAGGGAUAUACCGUUGUAGCUAUUGAGCAGGGAGCGUUGAAAAGAAACGCCCUGGAGGCUUUGCAGGCGGCAACAACAGCUCUCAAAGGCAGCGAUAAAUGCGAACCCAAAGUCGUAGUGGGUCUUGCUGACUUCCCCGAGAUCGUCAGUGCUGUGGUUUAUGCGAACAGCUCCGACAAGAAGUCUCUAGCUCCAUCGCCGGUACCAGUAGCAUACUACUUUGCUGAGAAGUCCGAAGGAGAUGCCGAGCGCUCAAGCACCCGCAUGGAAUACUUCUACCCAGCAGCAAAGUCUCACAAGUUCGCGACGCCGUUUCAGGACCACUUUCACUACAACACCGAGGCCCUCUCCCAUACCCGCAAUCUCACACUUUUAAAAGGGCAGAUGAAGAGCCCGAUAUUUGAUUUGGAAGCCAUUUGGGAUGAGCACACGUGGUAUGAAUUUGCGGACAGAUCAGUGGAGCACACCAUGAGCACAAUGGUGCAAGAGCCAUACGUGAACCACGUUCCCACACUCACCGGUGGUGUAGGCCGCGGCCCGCUCACCAAUUUCUACCGCCACAACUUCAUCUUCAACAACUCAGCAGACACCGAGCUCGAGCUCAUUAGCAGGACGAUUGGUAUUGACCGCGUGGUGGACGAGUUCAUUUUCAAGUUCACCCAUGAGCAGGAGAUUGACUGGCUGUAA